UUCAGAAGAAAUGACCUAGCCUGCAGACCUCACUCCUGGCAUGCAACCAAAUUUACAGAAAGUCAACCUGAGACAGCCACGUCACACCUUUCCUCAUCCAGCGCCUGCGCUUCCUGGCACUCGCGCUAUCAUGCAAGUUGUUCUUCUCAUGACCUGUCAAACUCGUGGGAUCAGUCAAGUCUACAUCGCACUUCUGACCAAUUCAGCUCUUUGGGAAGUAUGGAUAGCUGGGACCACACUCCACAAGUAGCUCAGUAUGGAAGACUUUCUUCUGCAAGGUCUAAUAGUAGCAUUGAUCAUCUAGGAAGCCAAAGUAAGCGGGAUUCAGCCUACGGGUCUUUCUCUACGAGUUCUAGCACCCCUGACCACACUCUAUCCAAUGCUGACACUUCUUCAACGGAAAACAUGCUAUACAAAGUAGGCCACUGGGAGACUGCUAAGCAUGGAAACAAGUCUGGCCAGUUCUUGAAUGACAACAGUGGAAUAGAGGACAAAUCUGGAUAUUUGCCAGCUCCCAUCCAAUACGAGAACAACAAAAGUCCUAGAAUAGAGGAACAACCUGAUGGCAAGCUCACUAGCUCUGGAAGGUCCAGUUUUGGACCUGUCUGGUAUGUUCCUGAUAAGAAGAAGUCUUCAUCCCCUCCCCCACCACCUCCACCUCUUCGUAGUGACAGCUUUGCUGCUACCAAAGGCCAUGAGAAAGCCCAUGGCCCUGUGUACUCAGAGGGUGCCAGCACGCAGCACUUUACAGCCCUGAACCAGUCUCAGCCCAGGAGUGACUGGAACUUGGAAACUGUGGAGCAGCAGCGGCGGCCCUCCAGAAUGUGUGACAGGAGGGUCAGCAGCUCAAGUUAUAAAUCUGAUCUCAGUUCAGAACACACUUCUUCUUCGGCUGGUGAAAGGUACAGUAGUAAUGCAGGAACUGUGAACAAACUGCAGUCAUCCUUGUCCAGCACUGAUGUUCGGUUUGCACAGCCUACUUACCACCACCAGCACCAGUACAGUGAUGAAAGCACUUUUUUUCAUAAUGCAAGAAUGUUAGCUGCACCUAAAGAUCAGCAACAUUAUCUGUCCUAUAGUGGCAUUCAGGAGUUACCUACAGAUCAUUUUCAUGGCUACAGUCCAAACCAAGCCAGUCUGCUCAACACUUCCUCUUCUUUGAACAGAGCUGCUGAACAGAGGGUGGACAACACUGGACAGAGUCGCUAUUAUUGUGUGACAGCAAAACAGCCUGCUCAGGGAAGCUCAAAGCCACUACAACUCACAGACGACAGCUGGAAACGUGCAGUGGGGGCUGAUGCAUCACUUGGACCUCACGAAAAUCCUGCAGUUGUCACAAUGGUCCAAAAAUCAAGAUACUAUCUACCUCAACAAUCUGUUGAAACUUCACUGAAAGUGUGUGAGAACAGUAGUCAUUACCUAGUGGACAGAGAGGGGGAUGCUAGGUGUGCCGUAGAAGAAGCUAAAAAUCCCAACCAUACUGAAAAGUCUGGACAAAAGAUAAACUUUGAGAGCAGCUCUGAGGAAAGUGAAACUAGGUACUGUCAACAGGAGUAUGUAAAGGGCAGUGUACUUACCACUGAAAACAGAUCUGCUCAGAAAGAUUUGAGGUGGGGGAAAGAUGAGAGUAGCAAGAUUUCUCCUCAGAAGACCCCAAUGUUGCACUCUUUAGCUCAGGAAGGGAAAAAACAGGCUGACAACAGCCCAGAAGGGGUUACAGAGCGGCAGGCCCCGUUCGACACUCACCUGUCUAAACAGGCACGAAGGAGCGAUCGUUUUGCAACAACCCUGAGAAAUGAGAUCCAAAUGAGAAGAGCGAAGUUGCAGAAAAGUAGAAGCACUGCUACGUUAGUAGGGUCCUCUGAAACAGAGGACUGCAAUGAGACCUGGAAGCCAGAUUUAACAGAAAAUGUCACCACCUCCCCAGACACUAACUUUACCAGCACCUACAAAGAUCACCUCAAGGAAGCACAGGCCAGGGUUCUGAGGGCGACGUCCUUCAAACGGCGGGACUUGGAGCCCAGCCCUGCUGAAUAUCUCCCCAGGUCAGCGGAGCAGAAAACUGGUAGUUACAACUCUUCGUUACUGGCUUUGGUUUCUGAAGAUGCGUCUGGAUUCCUUGAGGCUACACAAGCUAAACCGAACCCUACAGGGAGUGGCACUCAUCAUGUUUCUCGUAUCGGAGCCAGGAAGAGGUUCACAACAGAGCAAAAACUGAAGUCUUACUCUGAACCAGAAAAGAUAAACGAGGUGGGAAUGUCAGAGGAUGAAUGCCGUGCUCAUUGCUGUCCAAACACAUCUGAAGAAGCCCUGGGCUCAUUUGCAGACAGGUGGAAAUUUUUUGAAGAAACAAGUAAGCCUGCGUAUAGGAAAUUGGCACAGAAGCCAGCUCCCCGUGGUGUAGCUGAGGGACAGCCUGAGAGGCCAGAUAGGAAAACUCAUGGUGGACAAGAGGGAGAGGAGUCAUGGUAUGAGAGAAGAGGUCGGGCAGCCUCUGUUGGACUUGAAACUGCACAUGCUUCAGAAGAUAACGUCCACUGUAGUAGCAGCAAAAAGGCUGCUGAUAAGGUUGUGAAAUCUGAACAGCCGCAGCGCCUGGGAACCUUUGCAGAGUAUCAGGCGUCAUGGAAGGAGCAGAGGAAGCUGAUAGAGCCAAGGAGCUCAGGAAGGUACCAUUCAGCCGAUAAUAUCCUUGAUGCAGGCCAUGAACAACAUGAGAAACCCCAGUACACUCAUGAGAGGUCUAGAUCAUCCCCUUCUACUGAUUUCUAUAAACAGGAAGUCUCAGUUGAAGUAAGGAGGCAAGCAGAGGAUUUAAAGGAAGAUGGGGAGCGUAUUUUCUCUAAAGUUAACAAUCUGGAUGAAAGGAACUGCACUGUAAGGCAAGCUGACACAGGGGCCCUGAGAGAAAACCCACGGGAUAAGAGGGAUCAGCUGGACCAGAAUUUAGGCCACAAGUGGAAGGCAUCUGUCAGACCUUUGCAUGCACGAGAGCCUACAGUUCUGCCUCACGAGAGCAGGGGGAGGUCUGGGACAUUGCCUAGUGACUACCGAUACUCUCAGGAAAACGUGAACGAGAAGAGAAAGGAUCACAGCCUGCCUCAUCUCCUCAGCUCAGAGCCACAGACCGUGAACGAGAACCACUCCUGUCUGUCCCAGGGCAAAGGAGAGGAAAACCGUAGGGCAGAGCCGGCACUGCUGAACAAGAAGCGUGGACCUGCUCCUCAGAGGCCACCACCACCUAAAAGAGAUAAAUACAGGCGACCAGACAAUUCUGCGUCAUCACUUGGCACCUCUUCUGAAUCUCUGCUGGUAACACCUAGCCGACCCUUUCCAUCCUCAUCCCCCAGCUCCACUGAAAUAUUUGCUAGUCACUCAUCUCUCUGUCAGAGUCCUGCAGCUUUCAGUGGAAAACUGAAGAGUGCUAAUCCACAGCAGCUCCAGCAAGCAGCAUCCACAGAUAAUGUUUGUCAGCACUUAGAAGAAAAAACGCACCUUAGGUCUGAGUCUGUAUUAUCUUCCAAGUAUCGGUAUCUUCAAAAACCUGGCAUGGAGACAUCAAGGUCCCCUUCUCCUCAGUUUGCACCACAGAAGCUCACUGAUAAGCCUCCAGUGUCCGUACAGGAUGACAACCCAGCCAGAAUUGAAAGGGUUAUAGACAACAAUACCACGGUGAAAAUGGUUCCUAUCAAGAUAGUUCAUUCCGAGAGCAGCGCAGAGAAGGAGAGUCGGCAAAGUCUUGUCAGUACUAUGGAGCCUCCUGCUUUGCCCAGUGGUUUGGAAAAGGAUCAAAUUAAAACACUCAGCACUUCUGAGCAAUCCUAUUCACGAUUCUGUGCUUACACCAGGCAAGGUGUAGAGCCAGAGCCAGAAGCCAGAACCAAACCAGUGGAAGAGCCUGGGUGCAACUUGAAGGACAACAGUGCUGCCACGCCAGCAGUCAGCUAUGUAAAGGCCAAAGAGAAGACCUUUGAAGACUGGAAGUCAGAGGAACUAGCCAGAGAGAUUGUAGGAAGAGAUAAAUCUCUAGCAGACAUACUAGAUCCUAAUGUGAAAAUAAAAACAACAAUGGAUCUGAUGGUUGGAAUAUUCCCUAAAGAUGAACAUCUUCUGGAAGAAGCUCAGCAGCGCAGAAAGCUCCUGCCAAAAGGUCCUUCUCCAAAAAUUUCAGAGGAGAAGAAAGAGGAGCAGAGCGCACCGUCUGCCAUCUCCCUGACAACCAAUUCUACUUACUACAGCACAUCUGCACCAAAGGCAGAGCUGCUGAUUAAAAUGAAGGACAUGCAGGAGCAGCAGCAACAGCAGCAGAGCGAGGAUGAUUCUGAAGAUGAGCUGGAUCAUGACUUGUCAGAAAAGAAGCAAGAACUUAUUGACAGCAUUAGUAGGAAGCUCCAGGUGCUGAGGGAAGCACGAGAGACACUUCUGGAAGACAUCCAAGCAAACAAUAUACUGGGGGAGGAGGUAGAGGCCAUCGUUAAAGAAGUCUGCAAACCAAAUGAAUUCGACAAAUUCAAGAUGUUUAUUGGUGACCUUGACAAAGUGGUCAACCUUCUGCUGUCACUAUCAGGUCGUCUGGCCCGGGUGGAAAAUGCUCUUAAUAACCUGGAUGAAAAUACCUCUCCAGAAGAACGGCGGACAUUGGUAGAGAAGCAGAAGCUGCUGACCCAGCAACAUGAAGAUGCAAAGGAACUGAAGGAAAACCUGGAUCGUCGAGAGCGCAUUGUCUUUGACAUUUUGGCAAACUACUUGAGUGAGGAGAACUUAGCCGACUAUGAGCACUUUGUAAAAAUGAAGUCGGCCCUCAUCAUUGAGCAGCGAGAGCUUGAGGACAAGAUCAAGCUGGGGGAAGAGCAACUGAAGUGUCUGACCGAUAGCCUCCAACCUGAACGGCUCAAGUAAGAGGACUGAGUUUGACCAACAAUGUGAAAAAUGGGAAAUAAGGAAGGGAUCGGAGAGUUUCCAAGUACACAAAUUAGUAUCUUGGCUUGUCUGAGCAUCCAGUAGGGAAACAAGUGCACAAGAGAAAAAUAGCUCUCAUAACAGCAAUAAUGCUUUCUUUCAUUUUUUUGGAAUGAUGUAUUUAAUUUUUUAGAACACAUUUUUAUUGCUGGACUCUACAGCUGUUUCUCAUUGCUGAACUUACAGAAAACUCCUCAGAAAAGGAUAGACUCUUAACCUUUCUGCUCAGUAAGAUGAAAGUCUGUGGCAGUUGUGCAUGCAAACAGCUAUGUUUUUUUAGAAUAGGUUGUAUACUUUCUUUAUGUUCGGAUGCUGUACAGACUGCUGGGAAACCCAACAGCAAUUUAUGAAUGCACACGAAUUUAGGCGCUCUAAAUUUAGUGGCUUUUUAUUUUUUUUAAAAAACACAUUAAAUAGGGGAAGCGUGCAUCUUAAUAUUUAAUAUAUUCAGAUUGCUGAAAUGUAGUGUCACUCUGAUCCUGUGGCAUCAGACACUUUUUUGUAAUAUUGUAUAUAGGA